AUGAUUCAUUACCGCAAUGAUGCUCAUUCAUACGAAGAGCUUCUCGAUUAUCUCCGACGAGAACUCAGAGCUUCGAAAGAUUUGGUGAUUGGUAGCGAUGGCGCACCAGCCAUUGCACAUGCUGUUACAUCAGUCUUCCCUGAUUCUAUUCAUCUUUUUUGUGUAAGACAUGUUCGAAAUAAUAUUGAGCGCCAUUUGAUGAAACUUCAACUUUCAAAAUAUGAACGUCGUGACCUGCUUGAAUACUUGUUUGAUGCUCCAGAAUCAUUAAUUCAGUCGGAAACUGAACAUGAGUUUAAUCAAAGAGUUGACGGCCUUCGCGAUGUUUGGCACAGUAUCGCAGAUACAAACGAACAGCGACUCAGUGAUUCCAGCGAUUUUUUUGCAUGGUUUACUCGUUAUCAGGUCGAUACAUUUCGCCAUCACCUUAUUGGCUCCGUACGUCUUCAAGCUGGAUAUCUAGAUCAUCAUGGUUCACCACGAUUAUUUUACAACAACGAUAUUGAGGCGUUUAAUCAUGUGCUCAAAAACGAUGCCCGUUGGGAGUUACAGUCUCUCUCUCGCAUUAUAGACAUAAUAGACAAUCAAAUUACAAUGCAAAAAAAUGAAUCCAUUCGAGCUCUCUAUAACGCCGGGGAGUUUGAAAUCGUAUCACCUUAUACCAGGUAG